ACACGCAGCGGGUUAGGUCGACGCUGUGCAUUGUUGUCAUUUCAAAACAUGCUCAUCAUGUCCAAACAACAGAGGUUUAUGCUCAAUCCGGAUUGUUAAUCCCGUGUCGCCAUGAGCAGCGUGUGUCGCGAGGUGAUCACUCUCCAGCUCGGGCAUUAUUCCAACUUUGUCGGCACGCACUGGUGGAACCUGCAGGAUGCCUCUCUGUCGUACGACCCCGAGACCCCUCCGGGCGAGAUCCAGAGCGAUGUCGUGUUUCGUGAGGGACAGACUCUGGGGGGUCACGUCACCUACACGCCCCGCCUCAUCGCCAUGGAUCUCAAAGGAAGCCUCCAGACUCUCCGACAAGAGGGAAGUCUGUACGACCCUGGCAAAGACACCACCACCUAUACAUGGGAGGGAGACAUCAUGAUGCAUGAAGAAAGUCCUCCGUCGAAGAACUCCUUCCUCCAAGACCUGGACAAGCUGGAUAACGGAGAAAUUUUGGCCGAGGCGGAUUAUCCCUCCACGUCCCAGCCUCAGUGCUCAGGGCCGGUGAGCGUGGAGACGGUGAACAGCCGCCUGGAGCGAGUGCAGGGCGUCUACAGGCUGGAGGGCAGCGUGAGGGUGUGGUCCGACUUCCUCAGGAUCCACCUGCACCCCCGCACCAUCUCCAUCAUCCACCAGUACAACCACGACGGGGAGGCUCAUCGUCUGGAGGCGUUCGGCCAGGGCGAGGCUCUCCUGCAGGGGGCGGUGCUGGAGGAGCUCGAGGACAAACUGCACUUCUUUGUGGAGGAGUGUGAUUACCUGCAGGGCUUUCAGGUGCUGUGUGAUUUGGCCGAUGGCUUUUCAGGCCUGGGGUCAAAGGUCACCGAGAUGCUGCAGGACUCCUACAGCGGGAGGGGCAUCCUGACGUGGGGUUUAGCGCCUGUCAGUCACCCCAAUUCAACUCCAAUGAAGGACAUCUACCACCUGAUAAACUACGCGUUAGGGAUGGUCCACUUAGCCAAUCACAGCUCUUUCUUCUGCCCCCUGACCCUGCGUGGCGGGCUCAGCAGACAUCCCACGCCUCACACAGCCUUCCCCCACCUGACCUACGAUCCCUCGCUGUGGUACCACUCCAGCUCAGUCCUGGCUCUGGCCCUGGACGCCGUCACUGUUCCUUACAGGCUGAGGCACAACAGCGUCCCCAUGUGGCAGGUGGCAGAUGCACUGGCCGUGUCUGGGAGAAAGGUGGUGGCUGCUUACGGCGCCGUUCCCUUCCCCAUGAUGCACGGCGGCUCUCUCCCCGACGCCCUGAGUGCUUGUGCAGAUGUGUUACCGUGGAAACCCCUAUCGGCGUGCCCGGAGCUCGGUGACAGUCGCUGCUACGGCCAGCUGGUGACUCUGAAAGGCUUCGAGGGCCAGAGACUAGUCAGCUCUCUGGCUCCAGGAACGCAGCCGCCCACUCCCCUGCACAGCCUCCACAGCGGGGAAGACGUCCUCGCAUCCUACAUCAGAUCUUUCUACCCCACCACUCCUCUGGCUCUGCAGCUGGUGUCGAGCCCCAGUAAGCUGACGCCGCCUUUCCCACAGAUAUUCAGCCAGUCCCUCGGUGCUCAGGGCUUUUUGCAGAGCGAGUCCCUGCCCCCUGGCUGUCCAGCCCCUGUGGUUUCCUCCGUGCCCGUCUUGACGUCCCUCCAGUCCGGCCCUGCUCUCUGCCCGUGGCUUUCGGAGCUCCACCGCAGCGUCAGCACCCUCGACAUCCGCCGCGUGGCCCCCAGCUUCCUCUCCCAGGGGCCCGAGAUGGCCGACUACCGCGACGCCCUGGAGCAGCUGUGCCUCCUGGCUCGGUGUUACCGCGACGACAGCGGUGGCGUGAUGCGCUCGUCCUCCUCAGAGGAAGAUGACGAUGAUAACUGACAUUCUGACAGUGUGUCUUUAUUUGAGGGCCAUGAUCACCUGGAUGGACUGAUCUCCAUGUCAGACCAUCUGCUGUGUUGCAGGUCUCUGUGUGCAUUCAGCACUGGUAAACCCCGUGUGUGUGUGUGUCUGUGUGUGUAUAUGUGUGUGUGGUCGCCCAUACCAAGAUGAAAAGGAAGUGUUUCUACUUUCUACAAAUUGUAAGCACUUUUUUUUUUUUUUAAAUCAGUGAUUCUCUCUAAAAAGUAAUUGGGAGACUAAUUACUUCUGCGUUACUUUCUAAAACCCAGACCAGCCCUUAUCACAAGAACAAGACACCAAAUUAUCCUCCUGAAACAGAUUGUCACAGCUCAUCAUUCAUGCACUCUAUAACUUUAGCACUGUCCCGAUCUAUCUGUGUGUGUGUGUAUGUGUGUGUAUGUGUGUGUAUGUGUGUGCGUGCAUUGUCCUAUGAUUUUCUGGAUGAAUGUAAAUGAUAAAUACUGUAAGGAAUAUGUUCAGUUGCACUCACAGCAGUGUCAGUGCUGCAUGGAAGCGAGUUCAGAUUACGAAGUUACAUAAUCCAAAGUGGUUGUUAGUUUCAGUGUUGUACUGUUGGGAUUACAGACGAACCUCCACCAUACUCAUAAUCUCCCCGCCAAGAACUCAUUACAUCUGUCAAAAGCUAACAAUACGAUCGGGAGGAGCCGGUGGAUUUGGCCGGUUUCUGAAAGAUCUUGAAUGAUCAGUGUGACGAGGCCAAGGGAAUUCAAAGACGUCUAUGCAGACCUGAGAGGAAUAUACAUGUGAAGAAGAGGAUGGAUGAAGCUCGGUGAAUGAACUGUGGUUACAUUUCACUGAAUGACUUUGUAUAUCUAAUUAAAUGCAUUUUAUACUAAA